AUGCCCCCUCUCAGAGCGCACACCAAAUCUCGCAAAGGGACGCGCGAAUUGGAGUGCACCUACUUGAAACUCGCUGCCGCCAGUGGUCGCGCUACGAAUGCCCAUAAUUCUCCACCCGGCGCAAACUCGGACGCCGCCCAGUCGCUAUCUUCGCGAGGCUCGCCAGUUGCUGUGAUCGCUACGCCAGUGCAAAUAAACUCGUUCGGUAUCCAGAACCUAGAAUUGAUGCACAAAUAUGCCACAGAGACCUACCAAAGUCUCUGCGUUAGUGAGUCGGAAACCCAAAUCUGGCGAAUUACCGUCCCUCGCCUAGCCCUCAAGCAUGACUACCUGAUGAACGGCAUCCUGGCCCUGGCCUCGAUGCACAUCGCGACAUCGUCAGAGCCAACGGAGGCCCUUCUCUACCAAGAUACAGGGCUACAGUACUACAACCGCAGCCUAAACCCCUUCCGUAACGCAAUUGACAACAUCACGCCGCAGAAUUGUGACGCGGUCUUCGCGCACUCGAUCGUCAUGAUUGCCAUCAGUAUCGCAUCGCCGCGACCAACCGUUAUAAAAGACGGGUGCUCCAGCUUCACAGAUAACAUCGUGAUUCUCUUCGAGCUGCUGCAGGGCGUCAAAACGAUCAUGCAGUUCAGCCAGUCCUGGAUUAACUUGAAGCUGUUCUCGCAGGGCGAGUUCUGGACGAACACCGCCACAGAUUUGGAUACAGAUACUGAGGCCGCACUGACGUAUCUCUCUGUGCUGAAUGAUCAGCUUAUGGUUGGGGCUUACUCGCACCAGCACCACAUUAUGAAAGACGUUAUCUCGCAUCUGCGGCAUUGUUAUGCUAAAUUUGCGCGGUCGGCCGAUCCUGCAGCUGUACUUGCUUGGCUUGCAGCUGUUGAGAGCGAAUUUGUGUAUAGUUUGAGGUGUCGGCAGCCAUUCUCGUUGCUGAUUCUUAUGUAUUGGGGCGUGCUGUUGACGGAGCUUGAUGGGCAGCGGUGGUGGGCGAGGAAUUCGGGCAGGGCUUUAGUUUCGGAAUUGUUUGAUACUUUGAAGGCUGGGGAUCCGAGGUGGGAGAGUGCCAUUGAUUGGGUCCGACGGAAAUUGUCGCAUUGA